UUUCGAGUGAUUUUACCAGUAAAGGAGCGCACAUCAACAGGGAGUAUGACGUCACCUCAUACACAAACAACAAUGCAGCAUCCGGAUUACGAUUAUAUGCAGCAGCAGCAACAACAGCCAGACUACAUCCAACCACAUUACGCAGCACCUAGCAGUCCUCCGACUUUUAUCGCAGAGCUUCCUGCGCCUCCGCCGCCUGCGCCGCACACUACCACAUCACCGCAACAACUUAACCAGGAUGAAUUGCUUGCGCAUAAGCUGCAACAGUUGGAGGUUGAGGAUGCGAGGAGGUCGUCUAUGAGCUUACGUGGAAGCUGGGAGGGCCAACGACGGUCGCUGGGAGCGGCAACGUCGCAGCUUGAUCUGAGAGGCGGUGCGGCAGGAGGAGCGGGAAGAGGCAGGCUGCAUUCCAAGAGUGUGUCGGAGUUGAGGGGUCCGGCAAAUAUAUCAACGUCGCUUUCUCCUCGUGGAUCCAGUAUUGGAAAUACUCCUUCUACUACUAAUCAACAGGCUAGACCGCAUUCCCAAAGCCUGUCGUCGACAAUGCCUGCUUACAGCCCGGAUUCCUUCAGUCGGCCUAUUGGUAUAGAAACUAGCGAUCUUCCAGAGGUUGUCGUUGAGGAUAGUUCUGCGACAUGGGCGCCAGAACUAAGCCAGCUUCCGGAGGUAGUCGUAGGUCCCCACGUAGUAACUGGCAGUGGAGAGGUACAUAAGCUGCCCUCUCCUACGACAAGCCCAAGACCGACUCCCCCAAAGACACCAGACAACCCGUCCUCCAUCUCGAGAUAUCUAGAAGAGCAUCUCCAAGUCCCAUAUCCACCACAAUGGGCUCUUCAGCCUCCCGUAGCAACAUUCUACGGGGUAACCAUCCGCGCUCCUAAGUCCGACUCCUGGCUCGAUACACCCCAGUCCCAGCAAUGGCGAACAACUCGCAUCACGCGCAAACCCGGCAAAAACGUCCCACCAGCGUUCGAAUUCACCUUCAAAUCCAAAGGCGGCACUUUUCGCGACCCGCAAUACACCUGGACCAUGUCCCACUCCACCCUCACCAACAAGAACAAAACGCACCCCUACCAACUCCAACCCGAAUGGCGCUACCACCUCCGCAUGGAACCCGACCACAAGAUCCGCAAAUCCGAACACGUCUAUCCCGCCCGAUCAACAGCGGGCUUCAUAACCACCUAUGUGCACGCCACCAACUACGACAGCCUCCGCUUCGUCGGCCCCGGCGGGCUCCUCUACAAAUGGGUGUCCCACGCGCCCGUGACCGGCCUCAACGGCUCUCGCCACGACGCCCUCCGCCACGCGCUCUUCGUCUCGCACGACGGAACCUCCGACCCGCUCUACGGCCACCUCGUCGCCGACCACGCCUACUGGGACGGCUUCAUCGACACCACGUCCCCGCACCCCAACACCGUCUGCACCAGCUGCAGCACCGCCCCCAUCACGGGCCUCCGCUACAAAUGCCGCACAUGCCUCGACGAUCACAACGUCUGCGACCCCUGCCGUGCUUCCAAACGCUCCAUCAAAAAUACCUGCGUCUUCACCCUUGUCAACCUCCCCGACGAAACGCUGCAUAUCCGCUCCCCACGCAUCGAUCCCGCGCUCGUCGUGGCCACCUUGCAGGUUCUCAAAGAUUGGGAGUUUCAUACGCUACGCUGGGAACGCAUGGCUAGUCCGAGGCUAUUCGCUGAUAGCGAGGCGCUUGCGAGGAAGGGGGCUUUGGGACGCAUUAGGCAUUGGCGGAGAGAGGAUCUGGAUCGCAAGGGGAGAUGGGCUGAGGUUGGGGAGGUUUUUGGGACCGUGGUUAAAGCUAGGGAGGUCGAGGAUGGAUUUGGGGUCGAUGAUGUUGUUGCAGGUGGUAAAGAGGGUAAAGGGGUGGGGAAGAUUGUUAAGGAUCGAGAGGGGAGGGGGAGUUUGGGGAGUGUGGGGGGGUAGGGGGCGGAGUGAGGAGUGGUGUUUUUGAGUUCUGAAAUCUGUUUUAUUUCCCAAAUGAAUGCAUUAUUGAAAGUUAUGAGCAUCGCUAUCGCUAUUUAUAUUCUAUUCUACUCUAUUUGGAUCUUACAGUUCGACACUCAGCACACUCCUCCGAUAAAAAACUAAACUUCUUGUCUUUAUUUAACACACACUCUCUAAAUCAUCGCAUUUUCAUGCGUCCACAAACACCCACCACAUCCAAGAAUCACACAAGAAAAACUCCCUCU